GGCGAGACGGGAAUAAUGGCAGAGACCGGAAGCUGCCAAGAGAUGGCGGCGUCCGACGAGGGAUCGGCUGGGAGCCGAGCGGAGUUACGGACGUGCGUUGUUUUGGGCGGUCGCAGCUUCGUAGGGAGGCCCCUCGUUGCCAUGCUCCUGCGAUCCCGCGAAUGGAAAGUCAGGAUAGCAGAUGCCGGCUCGUCCUUGGUCCUCGAUCCCGACGAGGAGGACUCCGACCUCUCCCGCGCGCUCCUCUCCGGCAGUGCUUCGUAUAUCGCGGUCGACAUUGGCGACAAAUCGCAGCUCAUCAGAGCAUUUGAAGGAUCCAUUGUUGUAUUUCACAUGGAUGCAUUAUCCUUUACAAAUGAUUUCCUUUCCCAGUACAAAACCAUUGUUCAAGGUACAAAGAAUGUAAUUGGUGCCUGUAGACAUUGCAGAGUCAAAAGGCUUAUGUACAACGGUUCAGCAGAUGUGGUUUUUGAUGGCAAAAAUGAUGUGCAUAAUGUGGAUGAGCGUUUGCCAUAUCCUUCCAGAUUUGAAGAAGUGCAUAAUGACUUAAAGGCUCAGGCAGAGACACUAGUCCUGUCGGCAAAUUCUGUUGAUGGCCUGGUUACAUGUGCAUUGCGUCCUGCCAAUGUCUUCGGCCUUGGAGAUCCAUACCUUCUUCCACUUAUCACCAGUCAGGCAAAAGCUGGUCGUUCUAAGUACAUCAUAGGGAAUGGUGAAAAUAUGUGGGAUUUCACGUACGUUGAUAAUGUUGCACAUGCCCAUAUCUGUGCUGAACAAGCUUUGAGAUCAAAUACAGGUGAUGUGGCUGGAAAGGCUUUUUUCAUAACCAAUGGUGCGCCAAUGAAACUUUGGCAAUUCAUUUCACUUGUGUUAGAUGGCUUAGGCUAUGAAAGGCCCACUAUACAUCUUCCUGUUAAACCUGUUUUGCUGAUGACCAUGUUGGCUGAACAUUUGGAUAGAAUGUCAACUACAUACCGGAGGGGGUCUUCCUAUCUUUCUCUUUCAGCUGCUUGUCAACUGUCCUGCACAAAAACUUAUGACUGUUCUGAAGCAAAAAGGCUUUUGGGGUACUCACCAAUAGUCACUGUGGAGGAAGGGAUCACAUUGACCAUUGAUUCAUGCUCCCAUUUGGUAUCAGUUUUUCCUCAGUUAAAACGUCGAGAUUUCUCUGUUCCAUCAAAAUCAUUCAAACUACUUGGUGGUGGUGAAGUUGCAGACAUUAUAUUAUGGCGGGAUGAGCAGAAAACCUUUGUGCACAUUCUUGCAUUGUUUUUCACCUUUUACUGGUUUUUUCUUUCUGAGAGAACUCUUAUAUCAUCUACGGCUAAGCUCUUCCAAUUGGCUUUCAUUGGCCUUUUUAUCCAUGGCUAUCUUCCUUCAUCGAUAUUUGGCAUCAAAGUUCAGAAGAUAUCACCUUCUUGCUUUGAGGUAUCACUCACAUCAAUCCGUCCAUUAUUUGUUCUGCUAGCAAGCAAGUGGAACAGAGGAAUCGACUUAUUGCGGUACCUGGCCCAGGGAGAUGACUGGGUUACUUGUAUGAAGGUCAUGGGCGCUCUUUUCUUAAUGAAAGUGCUUCUCUCGUUGUCAUCUUUGACUUUGAUUGGAGCAGGUCUGGUCUUCGUCUUUACUGCUUUCUACAUAUAUGAACAAAUGGAAGAAGAAAUCGAUGGCUUAGUGCUAGCCCUUGCUACAUUUCUCACUACAGACUUGCCUGUCCACGUAAGAGAAUAUAUCAACAGGAUAAUUCAGUGGAAAAACAAGAGAGCUCUUUGAAAGUUCAGUGACUACCCAUGCCGCUCCAUGGAUGAGUUUACUUUUAAUUUUUUGAUUGGCAUGGUCCUUCCAACGACUUAACAAGCUAUAGAGAUGCAAUACUAAGGUACGAUCAUUGUCCUUGCUUGUCAGCUAUUAUGCUGAAUGCUUCUUGAACUGAUAUGUCAAAUUUUUUCCAUCCCUAAGCCGUUCGAAGCUGUUUGAUCUAGCUUCCUUGUAGUUGAUGAUGGAAAUAGUGUCAAAGCGAAGAUAAGCUGUCAGAACAUGUUUGUGAACAUCUUCUAUUGUUUAUAUGUUCAUCUCACAUACGAGGUUUUGUAUUUCCCUAAAAAACCGAACAUGAACUGGUGUGCUUUAUUUGUCUACAUCUAUAAGGGUGUGUUGGGGUGCAUCGAACUUUUCCAACCAAGGUGCAGAAAAUCCUUCUCUUGAGUGUUUC